AUGAUUGAUUUAGGUAUAUAUCCUGAGUUUGCUCCUCAAAACAAGGACCUCGACAAAGCUGGAGAAGACUUCCUUUUCCAUUUCGGGUUUGGAACGAAGACCAUGGAUCUGCCGAAAGUUUUUGGCGAAAUUAAGUCAUUACAAGGCACUAAAAAUGCAUUUCUGUUUGUCUGUGCUGGCGGUUCUCAAAAUAGAAUGAAGCUGUUUGCCGAAACAUUUGCCAAAGAAUGCAAGCUGGAAUGCAGCGAGAACCUUUCGAAAACCGAUCGUUUCGUACUUUAUAAGACUGGAAAAGUUUUAUGGGUGAACCAUGGCAUGGGAUGCCCAUCACUAAGCAUUAUGCUCACUGAGAUGUUAAAACUUAUGUACUACGCUAAGGCAAAGGACUUCAGAUUCAUUCGUCUCGGGACAUGUGGAGGAUUGGGAUUGGAAGCGGGAGUAGUGGUUGUCUCCAAAAAUGCACUCAACCAUGAGCUUAACGAAAAAUAUACACAAUGGGUAGGAGAUAAAAAGUUUGAGCGCGAUACGUAUCUUGAUGAAGAAUUACGAAACGAACUCAUCGCCACAGCUAAGGAACAACAGAUUCCCGUUGAAACGGGACUGACUUUAUGUUGUGAUGAAUUUUACGAAGGACAAAUGCGUAUUGACAGCUUUUUGCGUGAGUAUGCGCCAGAAGAAAGGUACAUCUACCUCAAAAAAGCGUACGAUAAAGGUGUGCGAAACAUUGAAAUGGAAAGCGCAUGUUUCGCAUCCAUGACGUUCCGUGCAGGAGUUAAAGGUAAGGCAAGGUUUGGAAAACGUUACUGCAAGGAUCUUCUUGUUAGAGCGCAAGUUACGCGUAAAAGUCUGGUAGCGUUUUUGCUUAUCGUUAGCACCAAAGAUACAAAAGUGAACCAGAAGAGAGGUAUACCGGCAUAA